AUGAAUACACCUUCCGGUCUAACUGCGGUGAUUGUUCACCGUUCCCUGCGCGCUGUGACGUUUCAAGGGACGUACGCUGCCCGGACCGUCCCGCCGCUUCCGGAAACGGAGGCGCGCACAGCACAGCACCACUGGCAGAAUCCGUUGCCGCCACAUACUGCCAGGGGCGGGAAAGCCGCCAUGCGUGUGACAAAUUUCACGGCGAACAAGAAGACAUUUCCUUACCGUCGGUUAGCCUGCUCGAUGCAGAAGAGUCAGGCGAUAACGAUUGGCGCCUCCCCUGGUCGUUUACACUCCCAGUGUGGAACACACUCCGCGAGACAUUCACGCGGAGCCGUGGAGCGGUGA